GCAGUGCCAAGAAAAGGGCAAAGGGGUGGCUGGGUGGGAGAAGAGAAGCGGUAGGCGGAAAGGAGAGACGCGGAGCUUUGGCUCGUGGAGCCUUUUGUUGUUUUAAGACGCCGUGGGGCGGUUCAAGGCUUUCUGCCGCUAGCUCCGAGAAGCUUGCGGGGUUGGGGCGUCCCGCAAGCUGAGUCGUUUCUCCGGCCGCCGAUUCCAGCCUCCUUCUCCUCCAACCUGCAAGCCCGGCGGCGCUCCGUCGAGGAGGAAGAAAAAGAAGAAGAAGAUGCCGGUGUCUUGGGACGGCUUCCCUUCGCUGCCUCCCAUUCCGGAGCUUAGAGAGAACCCGGCGCCGCCUGCCUUUGCCUGGGAGAAGAGCGCCUACCAAGAAGCGGCAAGCGGCCGGACCGCCAGGCUGGAGAACUCCGACUGCGAGUCCCUGGACAGCAGUUUGAGCUCCGAAGGAGGAGACGCCCAGGAAUACCUGGAUGAGGUCUCCUUGCCCGACUUCGAUUUGCUGAACGAUCCUGAGGAUGAGCUCUUGUGCGCCAACCUCAUGAAGCUCAUCCAGGUCACCCUGAACAAAGCCAAGCUCUACUCCAACCGUCCCUCCCACCUCUGCAUGCCCAACGAGCUGGUCACCCAAGUGAGCAAGGAGCUGCUUCACCUGGCUUACCGAGAGCCCUGUGGCUUGAGGGGAGCCCUCAUCGACCUGUGCGUGGAACAAGGGAAGGUGUGCCACAGCGUGGAGCAGAUAGCUGUGGACCCCAGCCUGGUGCCUACUUUCCAGCUGAUGCUUGUGCUGAGACUGGAUUCCCGCCUGUGGCCGAAAAUCCAAGGACUUUUUAGCUCCGGUUCUGCUUUCUCGCCGGGCUUCAGUCAGUCCCUGAAGCUCAGCACCGGCUUUAGGGUCAUCAAAAAGAAGUUGUAUAGUUCUGAACAAUUGCUCAUAGAGGAAUGUUGAAAGUAGCCUCUUCCUCUUUGGUUGAACCAACUGAGCAUUUACUCAUUACGUUGGGGCCAUUCCCACCCCAAAGUGGGGGAGGUAUGUUACUUAAAAGGGCUAUGGAACAUAAGCUGAUUUUUCAAGAAGUGGUUAUCCCUCUGAAGCCACAGUAGGUUAGAUUAGAUGGAAGUUUGAUUUGCAGCAACAGCGGGAGAUAGUCCGCAGAGAAGGCAGAAGGCAACAUUUGACUUGUAAGAACAAGCACUGUGCUACUUAAUUCUGACCAGCAACAAAGCUCACUCCUAUGUAGUAGGCCUGGAUUACACUAUGCUAGCUUUAAAAAGUCCUCGUCUGCCAAUGGGAUGACUUUCCCUUACUGAUUUAGCAGUAUUUUUUUUUCCUGACAGCUGAUAACUUUACAGCAGCGGGGCUGCCGCUAAAGAUAGAUGAAGGUUGCCUUUUUUUCCGCGUUAAGCU